AUGGCACAAUCACAGAUCACUGUCAGAAAGCAGCAAGAGCUACAGCAGCAAUACACCAACUACAAGAACAGCCUUCAACAGUUAGCUCAGAAGAUCGGCGACAUUGAACAAGAUACUGAAGAACAUAAACUUGUACUAGAGACACUGGCUCCCCUUCCUCCGGACCGCAAGUGCUUUCGAAUGAUAAAUGGAGUCUUAGUUGAAAAAACCGUCAAGGAUGUUACUCCCGCGCUUCAGACAAAUUCGGAAGGAUUGAAGAAAGUUCUGGAGGAGCUGGUCAAGCAGUAUAAGCGGCAGCAGGAUGACAUGGAGAAGUGGAAGAAGAAAAAUAACAUCCAAGUCGUGCAACAAUAG